UCGUUUUGGGCCCUGAUAAACCCUAAUACAAAAACCGGAACAACAAAACCCCAAACCAGGCUUCGUCGAUUAAGUACAGAGAAGAAGAAGAAGCUGACGGAUAAAAAAGAAGAAGAUGAGAAGCGAACGUGCAGAAGAAAAGGAAACAAUCAAUCAUUCAGAAAUAUUCGCAUCUUGUUCUUUCUCCAGUCUCGGCCUCCACCCCACCAUAUGCAACGAGCUCCGAGAAAGAAUGGGCUAUGAAGCUCCAACACAGGUACAGGCUCAAGCUAUUCCUGUUGUUCUCUCGGGUCGCCAUGUACUUGUUAAUGCUGCCACUGGCACUGGGAAAACUGUGGCCUAUUUAGCCCCAAUUAUCCAUCACUUGCAGAGUUGCAGUCCUAAAAUUGAACGCGCUCAUGGAACUUUUGCACUGAUCCUUGUACCAACGCGGGAGUUGUGCACACAGGUUUAUGAGAUUCUGCAAAAGUUAUUACACCGUUUUCAUUGGAUUGUUCCGGGUCAUGUGAUGGGUGGUGAAAACAGAUCAAAGGAGAAAGCCAGGCUACGCAAAGGUAUAUCUAUUCUUGUUGCAACUCCUGGACGCCUUUUGGAUCACUUAAAAAAUACGUCAUCAUUUGUGCACACAAAUUUGCGAUGGAUAAUCUUUGAUGAAGCAGAUAGAAUUUUGGAAUUAGGAUUUGGCAAGGAAAUAGAGGAAAUACUGGAUCUUUUAGGCUCUAGGUUAAUUGAGUCAGUGGGCAAGGGAAAUGAAGUUUCAAGCAUCUCCAAAACUCAGAGGCAAAAUCUGCUUUUAUCAGCUACCUUAAAUGAAAAAGUAAAUCAUCUUGCUAAAAUUAGUUUACAAAAUCCAAUUAUGAUUGGUCUUGAUGACAAGAAGAUGCAACCAGAUCCAUUACUUGAACAUGCUGAAUCUGUAGAAUCUGAUACAGACGAUGAACUUGAGCAUCCCAGGAAAAUAACGAACUCUUCAACUGGAGAUUAUAAACUUCCAGUUCAGUUGGUUCAGAAAUAUGUGAAAGUGCCCUGUGGUUCACGGCUUGCAGUACUUCUUUCCAUUCUAAAGCAUCUUUUUGAGAAACAAUAUUCCCAAAAGAUUGUGGUGUUCUUUUCAACAUGUGAUGCAGUGGAUUUUCACUAUUCCUUAGUGAGUGAGUUCCACUCGUCGCCCAAUUCAGCAUCAGAAGUAGAGGUUACAGAGAUGUUCUUGAGAUGCAAAACUUUUCGGUUGCAUGGGAAUAUGAAGCAGGAAGAUCGGAGAAACACUUUCCAAGCUUUCAAAACUGAGAAAUUGGCUCUUCUUUUAUCCACAGAUGUUGCUGCAAGAGGCUUGGAUUUUCCAAAAGUUAGAUGCAUUAUACAAUAUGAUUCUCCGGGAGAGGCUACUGAAUAUGUUCACAGGGUUGGUAGGACUGCUCGUUUGGGUGAAAAGGGGGAUUCCUGGAUAUUUCUACAACCAGUUGAAAUGGAUUAUAUAGAAGAUCUGAAGAAACAUGGAGUGUCACUGACAGAGUAUCCCAUCAUCAAAGUGUUGGAUAGUUUUCCAUUGUAUGGACAGAUGCACCGCAUCAAGAAGUUUGUUUCUUUGGAGUCACAUCCUUGGCUUGUGUCUCUACAGAAGGCACUUGAAUCAUUUAUCUCAGCGCAGCCAAUGAUGAAUAAACUGGCCCAGAAAGCAUUUAUCUCUUGGGUCCGAGCAUACACAGCGCAUCGUGGAGAGCUGAAAAGGAUAUUUAUGGUGCAGAAACUUCAUCUGGGGCAUGUUGCCAAAAGCUUUGCCUUGAAGCAACAGCCAUCCUUGGUUGGGAAAUCAUUCCAAAAGCAACAAUCAUACAAGAGGAAGAGGGACCAGAGGCAAAAGGGUCAGUCGAAAAGGAGGAAGAUCAAUGGUAAAACAUGAGUUCCAAACAUGUGAAAGCUAAUUAACAGGACGUGAAUGACUGAUAGAUUCUGAUCUCUGUUGCAAACUAAGGCUGUGCUAGCCAAAGCAGGUUUUGCAACAGAUGCGGCUUUGAACUAGUUGGUGACCUGGUAACUUGGCAUGGAGAAAUGGAAGAAUCAGGCAAUUUUUCAGCAUUUUGUAUGGUUCAUUUGCAAAUUGCAAUGCGCUGAUAUGAAUCUUAUGGAUGUAGGUUAUGAUUAUUAUUAUUUACUUGAAAUGGUACAAGGAUAUAGUGAUAGCAACAUAACAUUUUGUAUUGAGAUAUAGUGAUGAUACAUAUUUAUGCCUAUUACACUAACAGUUUUGUGCGACUAUUUUAUCAGUCAA